AUGGCGACUCAUAACAACCUUGAGAUGACGGAUUCACCACCCUCACCGGUCUCAAGCAGCGCGAGAUCAUCGCGGCACGACGGUGAAUGUCCAACCACGCCAUCAACCUCACCCUCAUCAUAUGGAGGCACAAACGCAAGUCCUUGCACUGCUUCACCUCCGCAUUCGAAGCUCCUGGCUGAGGCUGUGACGUUGUUCCCAGACAUCACUCAGUAUCUUGCUCUUGGCUGCCUGGUCAUCAAGGAUUCUGCCACAUACCAACAACAACAGAGCAUUCUACCUGGCGAAGGAUUACGAUGGCAGGAUGUCUACGACCUUCCAUCACUGCUGGUAUCUGACACGGGCCUUGCGUCGGAUCUGAAAAGGCUGCUCAAUGCUGGUUGGCUUCGCGUUCAGUCCAGCCGCAGCGUGCAGGACAACCGCUGCAGUAUCUUCCGCGUCUAUGUGCUUCCUGCUGAUGUCGGUAAUGGCUUCGUUGACCGACAAAACGUCAAGCUGUGGACUGCAUUGCAAAAUGUUGUCCGCGUAGUUGAUGUCCAGUCUUCUACGUGGCAAGGACAUUACAGCUACGGACCAAAUGUCCGGUUCGAUCCUUGGACUACUUGCGAUGAAGGCUCGCUUUUCUAUAUGUUCAACAAGAUACCUUCACCUGAUCCAUGCGUUACGACAGUGAAGGAGAGGUAUGCUCGGGAAGCCCUCGAGGAUAUACUGGACUCGACAGCGAGCGCUCUUCCUGGACUGAGAACAGUGCUAUAUCCGUACCAGCGUCGAUCAGCAGGCCUAAUGCUCCAGCGUGAAGCCGUCGUACAGAUGCAGCUUGACCCGAGACUUGAGCAACGAAUAGCUCCCGAUGGCACAAUAUACUACUUCGGCUCUCGUGACUUGUUAUUCCUUCGAUAUCCUCGCUACUAUGAAUUAUGCCGUGGAGGCAUCCUUGCCGAGACCAUGGGCCUGGGAAAGACAGUCAUGCUCCUUGCGCUGAUCUUGGCUACUAAAGAUCACCCGCCUCAAGUGCCGGCUCAGUACGCUGCGCCCAAAGUGCGCCCGGUAGUCGGGCGGUUGUCAGACAUGGCAAUCUCCAACAUUAACAAACGUUCAAUUCCGUGGAAAGUGGAGCGCAACAGAGUCCGUCGCGCUUGUGGGCUAGACAUGGCUAACACCGACAUAUUAGAGAAGGAGCUACCAACAUACGAAGUACCUCAGAUACCGCAGCGAUGGCAACGGAAGACCGUUCUACCUCCACCUAAGAUGAUGAUUCUGGCUGCCACGACACUUAUAGUUGUGCCACGCAACCUUUGUAAGCAAUGGCAGUCAGAGCUGAAAAAGCAUGUCGAGGACGGCGCAUUGAAGGUACUGGUGAUGGAAGACCCGAAGCAUGUAAUACCGCCACCUGAAGAGCUUCGCACAUACGAUGUCGUACUCUUCAGUCGCACUCGCUUCGAGCGAGAAAUCCGGGACGGCUCGGAUGAGCAAGGCCGUCGACUUACUCAGCGCCUAUGCCGCUGUCCGUUCAUUGGCAGCACAAGGACGAGAGAUUGUCACUGUCCACGAUCUGACGAUCUGUACGAUUCGCCACUGAAGCACUUGCACUUCAAGCGCCUGAUCGUAGACGAAGGUCACUACUUCUCUAGCACGAGUGGCAAUGCUGUUGCGGUGGCCAACAGUAUAGUCACGGCUGAUCACCGUUGGGUUGUCAGCGGAACGCCUGCGAAGGAUCUUCUCGGAGUGGAAACGGAGAAUCUGUGGCUCACGCCAGGGACGCAGGACGGUCGUAGCUCACUCAUCGAACAUAGACGCAACUUCCACGCGCAUGAAGACGUUGGCGGAGCCAUCAAGAGUCUCGGCUCGCUCGCGUCAAGGUUUCUAAGAAUACGCCCGUGGUACGCAGAUCGGUUUGAGCGAAAAGCGGAAUGGGACGAAUACAUCUACCGCCACGAAGACGUACGCAAGAGAACGUACUCCGGCUUUUCGACCAGCCUGCGGCGAACACUUGAGGCAAUUGUAAUUAAGACACAGCCGGAAGAUGUGGAACGUGACAUCGAGCUGCCUCCGUUGAGCCACGAAGUGGUGCGCUUAGAGCCGUCAUUCUACGACAAACUCACUGCCAAUCUAUUCACGCUUGUGCUAACCGCUAAUGCUGUUACCUCUGAGCGGACCGACGCAGACUAUCUUUUUCACAAGAACAGUGCGAAGGCCCGCUACCAACUUAUUGCAAAUUUGCGACAAAGUGCCUUCUUCUGGACUGGCUUCAGUGAGGCUGAUGUGAUUGCAAGCUUAAAGAAUAGCCGUGGGUAUUUAGCCAAAGCGGAAAACGAGACUCGCUGCAGCGACGAGGAUCGUGAACUGCUGGCCGAAAUGCUCACGGCCGCCAAUGACAUCCUUGCUUCGAGUGGUUGGAAGGCGAUGAGCAGGUCGCACGAACUCGGUCUGUUUCUCGAUGGUUGGCCGCAAGAGAGCGCAGAACAUUGGGCGUUCGAUGGCCAGACGCCGCUUAUGACUGGCAUAUCGCCACUCCUGGAGGCGCAGAAGCACGUUAACGAGCGAUCUGGCACAGAAGAUGAUCCCGGAGAAGGUCUGCCUGGAGCCGGUAUCCGCGCGCUCGCGCCUGCUCGACAGGGUAGCAUGCAUGACACCCCAAUGGAGCCGAAGGGAGCGAAGAAAAGCAGCCCGAAGACAGAGAAGUCUGUGCUGACCAAGUCCGGCAUACCAACCUCAAGCGUUGAGGCUAUGCCGGCUCUCCGACGUCGUCCUUCCACAAGCGCUAAGAGCAAUACACCGUCACCGAAGACAUCGGCGCAGCUGUUUCGAGCUGAGAAGGUCGCGAGGACGCCGAAAGCAAAGAAGGCGAAGCUUGCAGUGGCCGACGGGCUUGAAUUUCCAAAUUCCACGAUUGCCCCUUCCUGCGUCACUCCAGCCGCCGAACGCACGACACCCUGUAGAAAACGGCGUCGCUCAGAAAUGGACAGUGAGCUCGAAUCGCCAUCUCGGUACCUGCGGACGCGCAUCAUCGGCACGGCCUCUGCCAAGCUCAGCUACCUCGUCUCGCAAAUUGUCAAAUAUUACAAGGACGAGAAGAUACUAGUCUUCUACGACGGUGAUAACACGGCGUACUAUAUCGCGCAGAUGCUCGAAGUUCUCCACAUAAAGCACGAAAUCUAUGCCAACUCGCUCCCGGCUAACCUUAAGAGUGAAUAUGUCGUGCGUUUCGAUCAGGAGGUGCAGGACCGGGUGCUCCUCAUGGACGUCAAGCAAGCUGCUUUCGGGCUCAAUCUGAGCUCAGCGAGCAGAGUCUACUUCGUGAACCCGGUUUGUCGGCCCAAUAUCGAGGCUCAAGCGAUUAAGCGUGCGCAUCGGAUUGGUCAGACAAGAAAGGUGUACGUCGAGACUCUUGUACUGAAGGGUACUAUCGAAGAGAAGAUGCUCGAACGCAGCAAGCGGAUGACCAGGUCUGAGCAUAGAGACGCAAAGGUGCUGGAAGAUGAUGGCGGUAUUCGUGAGAUCAUUCAAGGCGCUCGGUUGCUGUCAGUGAGUGACCAUGAGCGGUUGUCAUAUGGACAGAUGGCACCGCUAGAGCAGCCCCAGCAGCUUUGGGGAAGGGAAGGCUGGCGGGAGUCGGUAGCUGCCACUCCAAGCGGCCGCAAGGAGAAGAAACGAAAGAUGAACGAGCGUGCCACGGUGGACAAGCUUGACUACCUUCCAAAUGCGCAUAUGGAACGGCGGACACUGCGAUUCGUGGACUGCACGAAGGGAGACGAAGACUACAAGGUGCAUGAAAGUGACGACGAGCCUCUUGCGAUUCGAAAGCAACAUGCAGCCCUGCUCACGGCACAAGACACCAGCUCAACGAGCAUACGCCGAUUGGAGUUGACAAACAGUGAUGUGAUGACGCCAGCGCCGCAAACAGAGGUGUUCAUGCCCAUGUGCCAUGAACCCGGAAGCCUAGCCAAGGUGCCGCCGCUAUUGCCACCUCUGGAGCUUUCAGCACGAAGAGUGUCAUUACACGACUUGCUCAACGACGCAAAUGCGCCGACUUCUGCUGUCGCUGGCGGCACAAACGGCACAAAUCAGGUAGACGUUUCGGCUUGA